AUGUUCUCCUCGUCGCCGCCCCUGACGGCAUUGCCGCUCAAGUUGCGGAGGAAGAGCUUGUCGGCGUCGGACACUAACGAAUCGCCGUCCACCGCGUCCACCUAUCUGUACGACUUCUCUCCAUCAUCCUCACCUAUUGCGCCGUCUGUGGACUUUGAGAACAGCCCCUAUGCCUACGCCGACUAUGCACAGAUUCGCGACCAGUCCAGCCCACUGCACGGAUUCGAGAUUACUUCGCGUGUAUUACUCGACGACGCGCAUGAACUGGACAGUUACUGGCCCUCACAUACGAAAUUCUCGACCCGCGGAUACUACUAUGCAGGCAACUCUCAGACCGCUUCACCAUCGUUACCCCCGCGUACUCCCUUUGGUUAUUCGUCCCUAAGCGAUGAUUCCGAGGAACCCCCAUACACAUCGCACCUCAACGUGGAUGCGUCUGAAUACUCGGAUGACGCUGGUAUGGACAAAGAUGACGAAAAUAUGAAUCUCGAUUACCCUCAUGGACGGCGCAUAUCCUUUUCUACAUCUGCCGAGCGCGACGAGCCGUUUACGCGUCCAACAUCGUCUCGCCCACUUUCUCCUGAUUUCUUUGUAUCAGAACGCCUCGUUGACUCAGGCGCCUGCCUUGGCGCUCCGAAAUCACACUCCGGGAGCCUCGGCCACGCGAGCGCAGGAGAGCUUCCUGAACCACAAGGCGAGGAGAUGAAAGGUCAGGAGACUGAUGCCCUCGCGUCUACGCUUCUUGACCUCCACGAGCACCCUCGCCUCUCAACAUCGCCCGUCGCAUCUCUCCAGCCUCUUCCCCUCUCAUCACCGGCUGCGUCAAUUUCGUGUUUACCGCCCCCUGAUCCGUCUAGCACAACGUCAAUGCUUAUCAACAUCUCGCCACCAUAUCUUCAAUCUGAGCCAGAUCUGGAAACUGCCGUGGUUGAGACUACUCCACUUAUUGUCCAGUCUUUAUCGAUUUCUCCUUCGUCUUCAUCCUGUCGGCCGACUGCUGCUCGCCCCUCACUGUUCAAUCUGCUGAACCCUCUACCUUCGCCUCCAUUGAACCAUAUCACCCUCCCUGCACCUGUCGAAGUGCUGAACGUCGAUGUUAUUACACCUUCCGCGACUGUGGAGGAUACCACCACUCCGUCGCCAGCUCUCAUCGGCUGCAUAUCCAUGCCUGUCGGUGCUCCUACGGUGAAGCAGGUUCAUCACGUCCCUGAGUCAGACCCACUCAGUGACACUCACCUUUCGGACCUACCUGUCAUGAAUAUCCAUUCGAAGUCGUCUCCGUAUGACGUCACCUCACCUUCGCCGUUAUCGCCCUCGCUGUCGCUGCUACCCUUGACGCCGCUUCUACGCUCGCCGUCCCUAGCACCCGACAUCCAGACAUCAUCCCCACUCUCGUCACCUCCGUCGUCGCCGCGCCAUCUAGACGAUAGUGCCGACAUCGCUCUGUUCAACAAGCUCGAAGCAAGCGAUCCAGAAGAUCAUGACGUCGCGCAGGUCAAAGGGUCGCAGACGGCGCCUGGACGGGCUUGUCCACUCUUGCGCCCAGGUACCAAGCCAGUGCUGGAGCUCGAUACGUCGGAUUCACCCUUAUUUUCGGAUAUGACACACCGAUUAUCGCGACAGUUAUCCCCAAUGAAGUCACGGGUGAAAUCCAGAGUGAUCAAAGAGAAGACAAGCGGCAACGAGACGGUUGAAGAUGCAUGCCAGAACGGCCGUCGAGAGUCAUCGAUGUGCUCACGCAGGGUGUCAUCUGUUCCUAAGGACACGAGAUGGAAGAAGGCCCGACGAACGGAGGACUCCAUGGAUGUAGACUGUCAUGCUGGGCCGUCGAAAGGACGCGAGGAACGGAGCGAGGUAAACAAGCUCAGGAGAGUGAGCGAGGGGGAGGAGCGUAUACGGAAGAGGCGGAAGGAAAGUUUAGGCGGGCCUGCGAAGAAGAAGGCCCGGGUGGUCCCUUUGGAAUCCGGGGCCAAGGCCGAUGUGGUACCCGUGUACGGCAACGACAACGGCAAGGUGCGCGAGACCAGCGAGAAGUCUGUCGAGCGUAAGGUGGUUGCGCGAGCUGAUCGCGAUCAGCAUACGAAAGCCAGGAACAAGAGAGCGAAGGAGGGGGAACAGAGUAUGAGGGUGGAUGUGGAUGUGCGCUCCAUGUCGAAGAAGGUAUCGUCGACGAAGGAUGAACAGACUGAACACGAGCCUCGAGAUCAUCCGUCAUCCACGAGUACGAAUGGCUCCCCGCUUCCGCAUGCUGAAAUGCAGGGGUUGCUCAUCGAGACCCUUGCCACCUCUCGUGCCUCAUCCUUGCCCGCAUCGUCGCUGUACAGCGCCAUCAUGGCGAGCCGUCCGACCUUGAAGGACUCGUCAAGCCUGAAAGGCGAGGGUAAGAUGGGCAAGGGCGAGUGGAUAUGCGUCAUCGAGGACGCUCUGGAGGAUGGACGCCAUUCGUACGGAGUGUUCGGGAAAGUCGAGAACAGCGUGAAGGACGCAACGGACCAUUUACUCGAGGCGCAGUGGUUCUACGUACCUGAAAAGGACCAGGACCAGGAGCGCGCCACGUUCAUCCGUAGCAUCAUGCCCCGUCCUGCGAAGCGUAGCGAGACGAAGAAAUCCAAACAGUACUAUUGGCGCCCUCUGGGCAAAAUAUCGCGGUGGGAUCCGGAGGAUGAGAUUUAA